CCAAAAACACGCGCCCUUGCUCUCAGGCCUACCCUUCACAAAACGCGCGUUCACCUCACGCGCCCAUGCUCUGCUCUCAAGAAAAAUGACAAUCAAUUACCCAAUUGUGCGAACAUUUUCGUUACUUUUCUCGUGCUCUACCAGUUAGUUUUUUCACACACAAACCCUACGUACUGAGUUUCAUCAUCAUCUUCCAAAUUCUACUACAUCAUCGACAGUGGUUUAAAUUUGCCUGAAGUUUUUCGGUAUUAGUGAUGAAUCCAAGGGUGGAAAAAGCCUUCCGUGCUAUGAGAAACCUCGGGAUCCCAGACAAAAAGACCAAACCUGUCUUGAAAUACCUUCUUAAACUUUAUGAAAAGAAGUGGGAGCUUAUUGAACAAGAAAACUAUAGAGUCCUUGCAGAUGCUAUAUUUGAGAAUGAGACAGAGGUAGCAGAACAGAAGAAAAAACUUGAUGACGCUGAAGCAGCUGAAAGGGAGAGAGUUGAGCAAGCUGAACGAAUGAAAGCUAUUGAGGACGAAACACAAAUCCAAGAGGAGCCCGAAAAGCCUUUAAAACGAAUGCGGGCAAGAUAUCGAGAUGAUGAAGCUUCACCCUCGUGUGUCAGCCCGAACAUAAGUUUAGGUGGAAGUUUACCAGUAAUUUUAAUCAAACCAAAAGAUGAGCUACUUACAGAUGACCCACUUAGGGUUGAGGUUCCUCUUGACUCGACUACGCCAGAAUCAUUGACCAAUGGAGAUAUUUCAACUGAAAACAAUUUGGUCAAAGAACAAGAACCUGAUCCCACCAAAACAUCAAAUGAAACAAAUGGGUCAACUGCUAAAAUAGAUAUUGCUUCAUCAUUGUCUGAUCUUGAACCUGAACCACCAGUAAACACAGAUGCUAUAUCUCCUACCGAAAACGGGGUUGAGGAAAACGAUAAUUUAAUUCCCGAUGAAACCGUUCAUCACAUAGCUAAACGGCAAGAAAGUGUGGCAAACACCGAUGCUAUAUCACCUACUGUUUCGUUGAAAACCGGGAAUGAUUUUGAGAAGGAAACAGAAACCGCACGUGAGGAUAACAAUCGUUUAAAUUCUGAUGAAACCGUUGACGUAGCUAAAGGGCAAGAAAGUGCGGUAAAAACAGAUGCUAUGUCACCUACGGUUUCGUUGAAAACCAGGAAUGAUUUUGAGAUGGAAACGGAAACCGGGCGUGAGGAAUACGUUAAUGUCAUUCUUGAUGAAACCGUUGACAUAGCUAAAGGGGAAGAAAGCGUGGUAAUCUCAUACAUCAAUGAAGUGAACAGUGAGUUACCUCCAUCGUUCCAUUACAUCCCUAGAAAUGCAGUUUUCCAAAACGCCUAUGUUAACUUUUCACUCGCACGUAUUCCAAAAGAAAAUUGCUGUUCUACUUGUGUCGGUAAUUGUCUAACAUCAUCAUCACCUUGCCAAUGUGCACUGCAAACUGGCGGUGAGUUUUCGUACACAAGUGAAGGAACUAUGAAGGAAGAUAUUUUGGACCACGUUAUAGAAACAAACAGUGAUCCUCAAACAUGCCACUUCUCAUAUUGCAAAGAAUGUCCGCUUGAAAAGGCGAAAGCCAAAAACGAGGGUGUUUUAGGUACUUGCAAAGGUCACAAAGAAAGAAGCUUUAUUAAGGAAUGUUGGUUAAAGUGUGGUUGUAGUAAAAAGUGUGGUAAUCGAGUUGUGCAGCGUGGGAUUAGAUAUAAGUUGCAAGUUUUUAUGACACCUGCGGGCGGUAAAGGGUGGGGUCUUCGCGCCCUUGAGGAUUUACCUAAAGGUGCGUUUGUUUGUGAGUUUGUUGGAGAAGUGUUGACUUGUAAAGAACUUUAUAACAGAGUUUCACAAAGCGAUAAAAAAGAUGAAUACGCAUAUCCGAUAUUUCUUGAUGCUGAAUGGGGUAAAGAGAGUGAAUUGCAGGAAGAUAAAACUCUUUGUUUGGAUCCCACAUCUUAUGGGAAUGUGGCUAGAUUCAUCAAUCACAGGUGUUUUGAUGCGAAUUUGGUUGAGAUCCCGGUGGAAGUGGAGAACCCCGAUCGUCACUACUAUCAUGUUGCCUUUUUUACUACAAGAAAGGUGAAAGCCCUUGAAGAGUUAACCCGGGAUUAUGGAAUUGAGUUUGAUGAUAAUGACGAUCUUAUCAAGGCAUUCAAAUGCCAGUGUGGUAGUGCAUUCUGUAGAUUCACAAAAGGCUCAAGUGGUUCUAGGAAAAGAAAGUGUGCUCAAACUUAAGAACCACUACUGCGAUAAUCGCUGUAACUAUCAUAAUCUCACUCCGUUCUUUUGGGCCUGUUUAAAGUUGCAAAAACCAAACGGAAAACUCUAACCACCUUUUGCUUAUGUCUUUGGAUUCUAGUUGGGUCGUCUAUAUAUAUAUAUGAACUUAGUUACAAUUUAUAGCCAUUGCGCAAUCCAAUACCCUUGCAAUAUAUACACACAUAUGUUGAAGACCUAAUAACAAUUGAUAUAUUGAAAGCUUAUUUCAUCUAAGGUUUA